AUGGAAUGUAAGAUAGUUGCCGACUUCAAACAGGGUUUGUUUUGCAUUGAUCCUCUCUAUGGUUACAUACUUGGUGACCCGCUGGAGAAACUACCAAGUUACUUUGAAACGUGGAAUGAGUUGGCGAAAAACAUGCCGAAACUUGUUGAAACCAAAAAACUUCGGAAUAAAGUUAACAACAGCAUUCCGGAACAGUUGGCGAUUCCAUGGUACAGACUAUCAGAAGAAUUAGAUUUGAAGCCUGUUCUAACAUAUGCCGAUGUUAUAAUUAUUAACUGGAGGAAAAAAGAUGAGAAUAAGCCCCUGGAGUUAGAUAACCUCCGAUGUCUUUACAAUGUGACUGAAGGUGAAAAUGCCGAAUGGUUUCUUACAGUCACAAUACAAAUUGAAUUUGAAUUCGCAGCAGCAAUCCAGUCUAUUUUGGAAGCUAUCCAAGCUGUCUCUGAUUCUGACACACCAAAACUCAAUCGUUGCUUGCGUGAGAUUAACGACGUUAUAUUAAAUAUGUUGAAAGUGUUUCGCAGAAUGCACGCCUAUGUCUCAUUUUCUAUUUCUUACAAGAAUAGAUGGGGUACGGAAGGAAAUUCCCUACCAGAAGGAUUGAUAUACGAGGGAAUAGAUGAUAAACCAAAGAAGUUAGUUGGCGGUAGUGCGGCUCAGAGUUCCAUUCUGCAGACAUUGGACGCUUUCUUGGAAAUAAAACAUAACAAAGACAAACAGAUGUUUUUAGACGAGAUGAAAGGAUAUAUGCCAAAGCCUCAUCGAGAUUUCAUUGACGCAAUAAAAAAAUCACCAAAGGUUCGAAACUACGUACUUCAAAGCAACCAACAAGAACUUAUAGAGAACUACAACACAUGCGUACAAAAUAUAGAGAAGUUUCGUUCAUAUCACAUGACAAUUGUUACGAAGUAUGUAGUCAACGCUUCGUCUAGAGGCAGGAGAGAAGAGACAUUUGAGAAGCUAGCAAAACGAGGUACAGGUGGAACAUGUAAGUUUAUGUAUCUGUUUCUUAGUGACAUUCAUAGGAAUGGUAUACUAGUUAACUAUUAG